UUUAACAAGAUUAUGCUUAUCAACUUUUAUUUCCCCUCAUUCAGAAGAAAAAAAUAAUAAAAUAAAAUAAACUUUUAUUUUCCCCAAAAAAUAUUAAAAUCGUAAGUUGAACGUAAAUUAUAAUAACGGCAUGUGUUUGGUUUGGUUUGAUAACUUUGCUAACGCACUUCUUGUUGGUAAUUGGCUGGCUUCAUAAAUUGUCAUCUCCGAUUCACCGGCACUCGGACCGCCUUCCACCAACGGUGCUGUCUAAAUUAGCAUCAUUUUGGAAACAGACUAAUAACAAUGGCAGAGGGAGACCCCGGGAAGAAAAAGUUCAUAAUUGAUACUGAUCCUGGCAUUGAUGAUGCUAUGGCAAUAUUUGUGGCACUUCAAUCACCCCAGGUGGAGGUGAUUGGUCUCACUACUAUAUAUGGCAAUGUCUACACCACACUAGCGACAAGAAAUGCCUUGCAUUUGUUAGAGGUGGCUGGGAGGACGGAUAUUCCAGUGGCUGAAGGAUCUCACUUUACAAUCACUAAUGGUACAAAGCUCCGCAUAGCUGACUUUGUUCACGGGGCAGAUGGUCUGGGCAACCAAAACUUUCCUCCUCCAAAUGGAAAGGCAAUCGAGCAAUCAGCAGCUGCUUUUCUUGUUGAUCAGGCUAGCAAGUAUCCUGGAGAAAUCACUUUAGUGGCUCUGGGACCUCUAACAAAUAUUGCUUUGGCAAUCCAACUUGAUCCUGCAUUUACAAAAAACAUUGGAAAAAUUGUUAUUCUUGGUGGAGCUUUUGCCGUGAAUGGCAAUGUAAAUCCUGCAGCUGAAGCUAAUAUAUUUAGUGAUCCGGAUUCUGCAGAUAUUGUUUUCACAAGUGGAGCUGAUAUUCUUGCUGUGGGAAUAAAUGUGACCCACCAAGUUCUUUUCACUGAUGCUGAUCGAGAAAAGUUGGCAGCAUCUAACGGAAAAUUAGCUCAGUACCUGUGCAAGAUCUUAGACGUGUAUUAUUCCUACCAUUGUGAUGCAUACGAUAUUAAAGGUGUUUAUCUUCAUGAUCCUGCCACUAUUCUUGCUGCUAUAGAUCCUUCAUUAUUUACUUGGACAGAAGGUGCCGUAAGAGUGCAAACAAGUGGUAUUACUAGGGGUCUCACAAUACUGUAUAACAAACAGAAAAGGUUUGAAGAAGUGACUGAAUGGACCGAUAAACCUACAGUUAAGGUGGCAGUCACAGUUGAUGCUCCAGAAGUAGUCAAAUUGGUCAUGGAUCGUCUUAUGAGUUUAUGAUUUGUGGUGCUAACGCUAUUGUUGAUCAAGUGGCUCCAACAUGUUCAUCUUUUCUUCUGAUGCCAGUCUAAUUUACUCGCGGCAUGUAUAGUUUCAAGACAAUUGGAUGACUAUAGUGGAGAAUUUCCCUUUCUCCCACUCCCAGCCCCACCCCUUGUAUUAGUAACUUAUAAAUAAACAUAGCACGAUUCCUUUACUUCAUGUUGGUGCGUAAAGAACUAAGGGAUGGGAUAUAUAGAUCAAAUGCAAUAGAAGAGAAACAUAUGUAUGAUGUAUUUAGCCAUCCUUUCAUCUUUAAUAAUUGGCUGAUUCUGUACUUGCAAAAAA